AUGACUGAAAAAUGUGCAAAAUGUCUAGGAAAAUGUGUAGUAAUACCGAAACGCUACGUCAUCAUUAUGAUGAUGUUUUGGAGUCUUUUCAAUACAUAUAUGCAGAGAACAGCAAUUACAGUAGCCAUCAUGAUUAUGAGUGAACCACCUGCUGAUUUUGUCAAUAAGCCAUUAAACUGGGGCCAUCAUAUGCAAGGCUUUAUCCUCAGUUCUUACAAUUGGUUCUACCCGUUCCUGCAAAUUCCUGGUGGCUACUUGGCCGAUAUCUAUGGAGCGAAAAGGGUACUCGCCUUUGUUGGGGGCUGUGUGGGUACGUUGACCCUACUUGUUCCAAUAGGGGUCACCUACGGAGACUUCUACGCCAUGAUCACCAUUCGGGGCCUGAGUGGAUUGCUAGAAGGGAUGACCAUACCAAUAUCUUUAAACGUGGUAGCCAAAUGGGCACCACCUAUGGAAAGAGCAACUAUGUCCACAUAUGCUUCAUCUGGUCUGAUGUUAGGAAUCACUGUCAGCAAUGCACUAACUGGCUGGUUAAUGGAAGUUACAAAAAAUUGGCACUAUGUCUUCUAUUUGUACGGCAGCUUGAGCGUACUGUGGCUUAUUUUUUGGUGGCUUUUGGUAUUUAAUUCACCUGCAACGCAUCCGUAUAUAUCCGAUGAGGAAAAGACGUUUAUUCUGGAGGAACAGGCUAAGAUGAAUAUAACGGAUAAACCAAAGAAAAUACCAUUUAAAGCUGUCUUUACAUCGUGCCCAAUGUGGGCUAUGAUAAUAGCACAGUGUGGUCAAGAUUAUUCCUUCUUCGUAUUUUCAGUAAUGUUUCCGAAAUUUGUGAACGAUGUCAUACACUACGAUAUAAGAGACAACGGAUUGAUAUCAGCCAUACCAUACCUCUUGAUGUUCAUAUUUUCGAUUAGUAUUAGCAAAAUUUGCGAUUGGAUACUACGAAAAAAAUGGACGAGUGUAGGUGUAAUCAGAAAAACCUGCAAUACGAUAAGUUGUACUGUGACUUCUACUUUGUUGAUCGUCGCUUUUUACAUUGGUGACCUUCCUGAUGUGAUGAUCGCCUUUUUCGUUGUUGCAUUUGCAUUUCGGUCUUUCUAUUAUCCUGGUGUAAAGAUCAACAUGCUGGACUUGGCCCCAAAUUAUGCAGGAACUUUGGCUGGUAUUGUAAAUUGCAUUGGAGCAGUGGUGGGUGCAGCAGGACCUACUAUCACCUCGGCUAUAAUAACUCAUAGUAAUCGUGAUGAAUGGUGUAUUGUGUUUUGGAAGACAGCAGUUUUCUUGUUAGUAAGUGGAAUAGUUUUUCUUAUUUUUGGUUCUGGUGAAUUGCAAUGGUGGAACGAUGCCGAGCAAAGACCACCAAGACCAGCACCAACAGCUUAG